AAACUGUUCUUUCUCUUUAACAGGAGAGGGAAUCAUGGCUGCAGAACAAUAGUCUGAAGAAACUGUUUCUCAAGAGCUGCACAGCCCCUCUGAGCUGAGGAUCGUGUUGCUUGGGAGACACUUGACUGGGAAGAGUGCGUCAGGGAACACCAUCCUGGGCAGAGAGGAGUUUAGAUCUGGAUUCAGCUUCAAUGCAAGAACAAAAGAGUGUGAGAAGAGAACAGGAAAAGUGGCUGGGAGACGGGUCACUGUGGUGGACACUCCAGAGUUGUUUAAAACAGACCAGCUUGAGAUUAAGAGAUGUGUUUCUCUGUCUGCCCCGGGACCCCACACUUUCCUCCUGCUGAUACAGGUGCAUUCAAAAGAAAUGACUGACACCCGCACUGCACUGUGGAAGUCUCUAGUUAAACAGGAUUGCAAAGACUUGGAUGAAGUCCAGGAGCUGUUUGGUGAAAGAGGCGUGAGGAACACGAUGAUCCUUUUCACCUUUAGGGAUUAUCUGGAAGACAAGACGAUUGAGCAGCACAUUGAGGAAGCCGGUGAGGAGCUCCAGCAGCGUGUUGAGAAAUGUGGGAACAGGUAUCAUGUUCUCAACAAUAAGAACAGGAGCGAUCACACUCAGGUCACACAGCUCCUGGACAAGUUAGACAACAUGGUGAAGGGAAGUGAAGGCUUCUACACCAUGGAGAUGUACUCAGAGGCAGAAGAAAGGGCCAGAGAAGUGAUGAUAAGGAAGAAGAGAGAUGAGCAGAUUGACAGGGUGGGGAAUGAAAAGAGCAAACUGCUAGAGAGGCCAGGAGAGCUGGAGCUACAACUGGAGCUGAGGAGAGAGAGGGAGAAAUCCAGAGUGCUGGAGAGGGAGCUGAAGAAAGAGAAGGAGAAAAGAAGAGAACUGGAGGAGGAGCUGAGGAGAGUAUAA